AUGUCUAUCUCCACCUCCAUCGCCGCAGCAGAAUCCUCCCUCCGCACCAUCGCAUCCACAGUCCCAAUCCCCACCUCCUCACCAACAGCCACCUCAAACCGUACGAAUGGCGCCUGCUCUGCUGUGAUGGCACUCGGCAUGUUCCGCAACGCCUCUGAUCUCCAAGAUCCCAAGUGCUCCGAUUAUUACGGCGACGAUGAUGAGAAACGUUCAGUCAGGCGACAGACAUUGUGUACCGAUAACAGAGAUGAUACGCUGAAUGACGAGGGCACUUACUCGUUGUCGUUUGAAUUGCGGAGGACUAAUGAAUUGAUCAAAGUCUUGUCGCCGGAGCUCCGAACGCACACUCAAGCGUCAUCGUGGCUGUGA